AUUAACAUUGGGGUUGGGGUUGGCUUUGACAAAUGGCACUGUUUCUCAAGCUCGAGCCUCAUUGCUCCACCGCCAAUCCCUACAUUUUCUCCUCUAAGAAUGCAUUAACUCGCCGCCCAUCUCCAACCUUCCUCCGAACAACAACGACAACAACAUCAAGUCCUUCUCGUACAACGUUGGUCUCUGCUUUGUCCCCCGCCGUCGACACCUCUUCUUCUUCCUUUGCAUCCUUCAACCAGCUGAUUGAGUCUUUGAUUAACCGGGCGGACUUGUCGGAGGCCCAGGCGGAAGCGUCUCUGGAUUUUCUGCUCUCGGAGGCCAAUGAGGCUCUGAUUAGCGCCUUUCUUGUUCUGCUCCGAGCCAAGGGCGAGACCUAUGAAGAAGUGGUUGGGUUGGCAAGGGCUAUGAUCAAGCAUAGUAGGAGGGUGGAAGGAUUGGAUGAAGAUGUAGCGGAUAUUGUUGGCACAGGCGGUGACGGCGCCAACACCGUGAAUAUCUCAACCGGUGCUUCUAUACUUGCUGCAGCUUGUGGUGCAAAAAUAGCAAAGCAAGGUAAUCGGUCAAGUUCUUCGGCUUGUGGGAGUGCAGAUGUGUUAGAAGCAUUAGGGGUUGCAAUUGACCUGGACCCAGAGGGCGUAAGCAGGUGUGUAAAGGAAGUAGGAGUUGGUUUUAUGUUGUCUCCUGUCUACCAUCCAGCAAUGAAGAUUGUUAGUCCUGUAAGGAAAAAGCUAAAAGUGAAAACGGUAUUCAAUAUUUUGGGACCAAUGUUGAAUCCAGCUAGGGUACCUUAUGCUGUUGUUGGUGUAUACAAGGAAGACCUGGUCUAUAAAAUGGCAAAGGCUCUUCAAAAAUUUGGCAUGAAAAGAGCCUUGGUUGUUCACUCUGAGGGCCUAGAUGAAAUAAGCCCUCUUGGACCUGGAUUAGUGCUUGAUGUUACUUCAGAUAAGAUUCAGAAGUUUUCAUUUGAUCCCUUGGAAUUUGGAAUUCCUCGCUGUACGCUGGAUGACUUGCAGGGUGGAGGUCCAGAGUAUAAUGCUGGAAUAUUAAAGCGUGUACUAUCUGGAGAACAAGGGUCCUCCAUCGCUGAUGCAUUUGUGUUAAAUGCAGCAGCAGCCCUCAUCGUCUGUGGGCAUGUAAGCACUUUAGCUGAAGGGGUAGCUCGUGCUCGUGAAACCCUGCUAUCUGGAAAAGCACUAAGGACACUUGAUUCGUGGAUCAAAGUCUCCAAUGCUUCUCUUUAAGAAUGACCAUGUUACUGUUUGCCAUAAACAAACAUACUGAGUGUUCCAGGCAAGUGUUCUGAGUCGGGAGUUUACUCUUGUGAUUGUUGAACUUGUGGACUCAUGAGAAUGCAAACUUUGUGAAAAUGUACCGUCUACAGUUUAGCUCUUCGGAAUGUGUAGGCUCCUGUAAUUUUAGAUGUCAGCCAGGCUGUGGUUAUGUUUUCAUACGAAGGAGUUCAAAUUAAAUACAAAAAUACACCGAAUUUUGACAGUGUUGUACUGAAAAAAAAGGCUUGAUGGGUAGUCAACCUCACCUGGCAAGAAGACUUGAUAUGUUGUCAAGCUGAAUUUAUGCUUGAGCAAAGGAGUAUUAUAUUAUAGAACUAAUAUUUUAUUUGAACA